UUGAAAAGGUAAAUAGUACGGCUUCACAGUGCUAACAACCCACCUGUAAAAUCAACAGAUUAAUACCUACACAAUACUGGAAGCGGCUUCAUGUGAUAUUGGUGUUGUAUCAGUUUCUGACAUUUGGCAACAAGUCAUAGAGUCAAUACUUCUUCUGAAAGCUGGAGGUUACGAGGUGCACUAAAGGCAGCAUCAGCUGGGUACAGUGCAGUCUACGGUUCAGAGCAGAUGGAGGCUGGACAACAGGCUGGUCUCUGGUCUUCCUCCUCCUCCUCCUGCUGCUGCUGCUGCUAAACAACACCGACAGGGACGAUCACACAGAGCAGAAGCAGAGGACUGUGGGCAUCAUUACAACACUGGGCAUCGCUUCAAAAGUAGAUAUAACGGUACGCGUCAGGUAAAGUCUGUCAUGAGUUACAGUUAACGGGUCGUUUUGCAGACUGCACAGAGCCAUCAGAGCCAUCUGUUAGCUACAUGAAGUUUGACAGGCUAACGUCAGCUUUAGCUAUCUUCAAGUAGCUAGCUAAACCUACAAGUGCAGCCACCAGCAGCUCGGUGAUCGCCAGCUGGUGAGAGCCGCUAGCCAUCUGAAGUUGCUCAUUGAAUGUGGCCAUCUGGCAGAAGGCGUUAGCCAGCGUUACCGUGGCUUCUUCAACCGGUAACUAGCUAGAGAACGUUACAGGCUGUGGGCAGAUCUCCGCGGUCUGCUCACCGGACAGAAGCAGAUGGUUCUACUAGUCAGUUAGCCACUGAAGCUAGCGAUGCGGUCUACAUCACAUCAGAAUCACGUUAGCGAGCCGCCGGCGUCUGAUCUUUGUCCUCCGUGGUCCCACCGUGCCCUGCCCAGCAGCCUCACUAGUAGCAUCUCACAUAAUGAGUGAUCAUUAUGUAAAAGUCCAGAUUCAAGUGGAGCAGAUGAAGUCACUUGUGGAGGAUGCAGAGCAGCAGGGUGUGGAUGCUGAGGGUCCAGUGUGUCCUCCUCCUGCUUCUUCUCUCUCAGCAGACCUGCCCAGCAUCACCAGAGCUGCGUCCAACACCUCCAUCGCGUGUAAACACAGGGGCAAAAGUCGAAGCAAGCUGGGAAAAGAUGCCAAGAACUCUUGUGGCAAACACACGUCAGAUGUGUCAUUGCAUGGGUCUGCAGUUCAUGUUGGGAAGAACUUGAAUAGACUAGGACAUGAGAGGACACUUCACAUCAAAGGAACUGGAAAAAUCCUGCAGGGCAAGUCUGAGACUAAUGGGAACUAUGUGACCAUCCAUCCUUCUAAAAACAUCCAAGAGACACGCCGUGAAGACGGAUUGAAAGCUGCAAGGAAAAGAAGACCAGUGACAGUGGAUACCUCGAAAGCCAAAACCUCGUUGGAGGCACUGAAGUUAAGCAUCAAACAGCUGAAGUGGAAAGAGUUUCCUCUGGGAAGACGAGCAGCUUGUGAUAUCUACUGGCACGGCGUUUCCUUCCAUGACAAUGAAAAUAUCGUCUCAGGGCAGGUGAACAAGUUCCCAGGAAUGAUUGAAAUGCUGAGGAAGAUCAACAUGAGUCGGGCAGUGCGGACUAUGCAAGAGUUGUUCCCAGAAGAGUACGACUUCUAUCCCCGUUCCUGGAUCCUGCCCGAGGAGAGCCAGCAGUUUUCCACACAGAUUCGCAUGGUGAAGGAGAACGACGCCACAGUGAAUCCCACCUUCAUUGUCAAGCCAGAUGGGGGCUCUCAGGGGGACGGCAUCUACCUCAUUCGUGACCCCGGUGACCUUAAACUCAUGGUGGGUUCACAGGCCAAACAGGCUGUAGUCCAGGAGUACAUCCAGAAGCCGUUGCUCAUUGACAAGCUCAAGUUUGAUAUCCGCCUCUACGUGCUGUUGAAGUCCCUGGAGCCAUUGGAGAUCUACAUUGCCAAGGAAGGCCUGACACGUUUUUGCACCGAACCCUACCAGGAACCAAGCCAGAAGAAUCUGAGCCAUGUCUUCAUGCACCUGACAAACUACUCCCUCAAUGUCCACAGCGGCAACUUUGUCCACUCAGACAGCCAGAGCACAGGCAGCAAGCGCACUCUGUCCAGCGUGCUGUACAGGCUGGCAGCUAAAGGCGUAGACAUCAAGAAGGUGUGGUCUGAUAUCAUCGCGCUCGUCAUCAAGACUGCCAUCGCCGUGGUGCCUGAACUUAGAGUCUACUAUCAGGCUGAUAUACCACCUGGUAAACCGGGACCCACUUGCUUCCAGAUAUUAGGUUUUGACAUCCUGCUGAUGAAGAACCUGAAGCCAGUAUUACUAGAGGUCAACUCCAACCCCAGUAUGAGAAUAGAACAUGAACAGGAGGUGUCACCAGGAGUUUUUGAAUAUGUUCCCAGUCCGGUCGACGAAGAGGUCAAAGUGGGUGUGAUCAGGGACACUCUGCGCCUUAUGGACCCUGGCCACAAGAAACCUUCAAUUGGUUUUUUUCCUGUCUUAUCAUUUCAUGGCUAUAGUUUCCAUCCGCGGGCCGGUGGGCUUGACCACGGGGAGGAGAUACCCAUGGAGGCGGAGACACAAGAGAGGAGCCCAGAUGAAGGAGCUCUGCCCUCGCUGUGUCUGAAGCAGGUCUACCCCAAGUACACCAAACAGUUCAACUACCUGCGGCUGGUGGAGCGGAUCGCAGCUCUGUUCAUACGCUUCCUCGGGGUCAAGGGCAACAUGCGUCUGGGCCCCACUGCCUUCCGAACCUUCAUCAGGACCUGUAAGCUGAGCAACAGUAACUUCUCCAUGGCAUCAGUGGACAUCCUCUACAUAGACAUCACACGUCGGUGGUCAGGAACGAUGCCCGAUGCUAGAGAAGCAGGUAUGGGACUACAAGCGUUUGUGGAAGCCUUUUUUUACCUGGCAGGUCGCAAGUUCAAAUCCCUGGCGCUGAGGGAGCAGGUAGUGUCACUGCUGGAGCUGUGCGAGGCUCAGCUCGAGUCCCAGUCGGGCGUGGAAGAGAGGCGCUCCGUGAGCUGCAGCAGGGCGAUGCCACGAGCCAUCAAGACCCAGACGUUGGGUCUCACCAACCCUCAGCUCUGCUCUCCGGCUCCCCUGCGAAGGGCGUCCAGCCAGGACUACCGGCUGCAUCAAAGACUCAAGCCUCGCACACUCAGGGCCAACGUGGACAACUGACGAGAGACGGCUCCCAACUAGACAUCCAACUCCCAAACACUGCCUUUAGCCUUCUCCGCAGGAGCAGGGAAUUAGAUGUUCUUCUCUGCUCUGCAGCUCCCGCAAGAGGGGGAUGAUGGGAGCUGAGAGAGAGGGGCAUGAUGGGAGCUGAGAGAAGGACUUGCUUAACCCCUGCUGUCUGACUUGCAGGAGAACUGUUCUCUGCCUGAUUGCUUUUUCCUCAGAGGGGGAAGAUGUCCACAGGGGGGGGGGUUGGAGACGACAUAGAACACGAUAUAUAAGGAGGUUGGUGCAUUUCUUCCUCCCCUCCUGGUGUGAUCAUAUACGUCCAGUCAGGAGGAAGAUAUGGCUGCUUUUAAUAUACUCACUGAUUCUACAGGGCAGCUAUGUGCUUCCCUUCACCUUCCUCUGGCAACGCCUACACUGAAUCAAACUUUCUUUUCAGGGAUUCACUUUCAAUGCAGUCACACACAUCACACAUGAAUAAAUGGGUGUACGGGAGUGUCCUUAGUGUGUGUAUUAUAUUCUUGAAUUUGCACAACUCUUUAAACUAUUACAUUUGCACAUGGAUGUGAGGGUGACUGAGCAUUUGUGUGGGCAUAUUGUGUAUGUUUGAGUGCGUGUGUACUGAUCUGUACUGUAUUUAUUUGUGUUUAGCUUGAUGGUGAAAGCCUAUUUACAGCCAGGGGCACAGCUGUGCAUCCUAGCUCCGUGAGCCCAUUAGUGAUGUGUUAAGUGAAUAAGUAUUCAAAGGGAAAGGCCGUGCCGCCACUUCUACACUUUCAGUUCAGCAGCUAUCCCAGUCAGGCAGCCCUCAGCCCUCCAGCCAACACGUUGUUAGGAUGAUAACUUUGUAGCCACACAACUGCCAUCGGCAAGUCAUUAUUUCAGAAGUAAUUGCAUGGCACAAAAAUUUCACAAUUUAGUCUGAUGUUUGUUAAAUGUGAUUCAGAUGAAGUUUGUAACAAAACCUCAUCCAAUGUGUGAUGUGGAGACACACUAAAUGACUGCCAACCAGAAAGGUCGUAGAUCGUAAACAUUUAAAUUAUUUACACUAAAGUUACUCGCUGAAUGUUAAUAUUUAUGUUUUCUUCGUUUACACCAAGAUUAUUAAAUUAAUUUCUCACAUGCAGACCAAUAAUGAAGUGUGAUGUGUUACACAGAAGAACAAUCAAACCAAUCAAAUCACUUAACUGCAACGUGGGCAGCAGUUUAACACAGACAGUGAACUAAACAAAGACUUCUGCUGUAUGUACUGUAGGACUAACAUAUUUACUGCAGUAUGUAUCUGUUAACAUGAAGUAGAUUUAUGAGGUUAUUAACAGUGAUCAAUCAUAUGAAUGAAAUGUAUUGAUGGCUCUGCAAAAAAUAAAAGUCCUAAAAUAC